UCACCGGGUAAACCCAUUUCAGAAACAGGAGUGUUUGUUUAUUAUUUUCGGUGUCGUCAGAUAUCUUUCUGAAAUCCCACACUGAGCUGGCGAAUUGACAAAGAAGAUGGAGUUUUUAACAGGAAACCCUUUUUGUACACCUGUAGGCCAACGAAUAGAGUAUGCUACAAGUUUGCAGUCUGAAGACUGGGGACUUAAUAUGGAGAUCUGCGACAUCAUCUGUGAGACAGAAGAUGGGCCUAAAGAUGCAGUGAGAGCUAUAAAAAAGAGGAUUGUGGGGAAUAAGAAUUUUAAAGAAAUCAUGCUGGCAUUAACAGUUCUGGAGGCCUGUGUGAAAAACUGUGGCUACAAAUUCCAUGCCCUAGUGUCUACCAGAGACUUUGUAGAAGGGGUUUUGGUCCGAACUAUUUUACCUAGAAAUGACCCUCCUUUGGUUGUUCAUGACAGAAUACUGACUAUAAUACAGGCCUGGGCUGAUGCAUUUCGUAGUUCUCCAGAUUUAACUGGUGUAGUUUGUGUGUAUGAAGAACUCCGGAGGAAAGGAAUCAAGUUUCCAGUGGCUGAUCUGUGCAGUCCAAUACACACCCCCAACAAGCGUGUUUUUCCUGCGACUGAACAACAGACUCCUGUCUCGCCCACACACCAAGUGCCCACCCAACAGCAGACGUCCCCCUGGCAAAACACAGAAGGUCUGAUCACCUUUUCACCUGACCAGCUAAAAAAGUUGACAUCCAACCUGGAAGCAGUUCACAGUAACCUACAGGUGAUGUCCGAAAUAAUGAGUCGUGUGGAUCCUGGAUGCAUUUGCCAGUCAGAUACAGAGCUUCUUAAGCAGUUGUUCUCGACAUGCAAGGGGAUGCAGGACCAAAUAGUUCAUCUAAUUCCCAGAGUAACUGACGAGAAGCUGAUUGAACAGCUGCUGGUUGCUAAUGAUGACAUGAACACAACCUUCACACAAUAUGACAGUUAUAAGAAAAAUCUCAGCAGGCAGAAUUCUAAACAACCAGGCACCAACCUUAUUGACCUUGAAACUCCAGUGUCUGAGCCAAUCAGACAAACAGUCAGCAGUCUGUCAAGUAACAUGGCUUGCUUGACCACCAAGGAGAAGAAUGGAAUUCAGAGAAAUGACCACCCUACAGGGGACCUUCAAGACAGAAGCAGGCAAGAACACUCUGUAUUAGAUGAACUCGCAGCAGGAUCCAGUCAGGUACCCAGUGCUGGAGGGGAUGGCAGCCCAGGCUCCACCCUCCUUGGCUCUUCACCUCAGUUUUGUUGGAUGGUGGAAAAGGGAAUGAUUCCUGUUAAUCAGAGUGAAGUGAUGGACAAUAUCGAGCAAUGGCUUGAUGAGGAUGAUGAUGAUGACUUGGUAGAUGAGGGUGCUACUAGUGAAGAGUUUGAUAGGUUUUUGGCAGGCAGAGCAAAAGCAGCUGAGCGUCUACCCUCUGUGAAAGCUUCAUCUAAUGACCAUGUGCCCUCACAGCCAUAGUUCUUUACAGGAUCCACAGUUAACAUUCACCAUCAAAGCUCUGUGGUAUAAUGUGAUUAGCUUUGUACCAUUAUGGUUUAUGUAAUGCGAUUUAUGUUUUAUUUAUAUGGUGCUGCGUCAUAUGUUUUUCUUGCACAUUUGUAAACAGUGGAGGUAUGCUGAUGUUAUAAUUUGGUUAGUGUAAAAUUUUCCCCCAUAGGCACAGUGUUUUGUAUAAGAAGAAUCUGGAAUGUUCAACAAAUUGUGGCUUUGGGUUUGUGGCACAUUGAUUGAAAGUUAUAGUAAAUUUCACCAUGUUAAUAAAUAUUGUAUUCUAUACAA